GUGUGUGUGUGUGUGUGUGUUUGAAUCUCAUGAAGUUCAAUAGUAAGGGGAAACGUUUCCUUGGAAACAAACAUAUUGAAAUCAUGGUGUAAGAAUACUGUAUUAUGUGUAUUCUUACACCAUGAUUGGAAUAGAGUUUUCGUGAAUCAUCGAAACAUAUCUCACUAAACUUGCGUGAAGUCUCGAGUAAAAUCGUAUUGCGAAAUGGCGAAAACCGAAACAAAUGUAAGUUGUGUACCGUUUCUUCCCACAAAGUUUACGUUGGACGAUUGGCAUCUCAACAAUCAGUUCAGGUAUCGAUGCUCCGAAGGGCAACGAGAAUUAUCGGAUCGACUUUUAACCGAAGCGACCCUUGCCUGCGAAUCGGCCAAGGAAAUCGUGAAUACUAAUAAGGAGGAAACGGAUCAUCGAUUACUAGAAAAAAUCAAUGACGUCGAAUUCCGUGAAAAGGAAUUGCUGCGAAUAAGAAAGAACAGUGUUCUGGAAAUCGAUGCGCUGUCCGUGUACAAAGAACGGUUUACGGAUGUCCUGAAGUCUGUGAAGAGAAACUAUCUCGCAAUUUGCGAAAAAUGUCUCAUUGCUAGAGAAGGUAGAUUAGGUAUCGACUUGGUUCACGACGACGUUGAAAGAAACUUGUUGAAAGAGCGCGAGGUGAUACAGGAAUCGGAAAAUUUGUUAGAUCGAAUAUUAAAGAAAAUUUGCGAACAAAUUCGUAAAUUGAAAGCCACGCUGUACCACAUCGAUCGCGAUCUCGAAAAUAAGGAAAUCAAUUUACGCAUUGAUCGUCGCAAUUUGACGUUAAGAGAGACUGAUUUUAAUCUGAGUAUCUACCAUGGAACUUCGCCUCUCGACAAACAGGGAGUAAUGUUAAAUGAAUGGGAACGGCAAACGAACGACAAUGUUGUCAGUGCGAAUAAAGAAGUGAAUAGCGCGAAGCAGUUACGCUCUUAUAUCGAUACUAUAAUUAUGCAAACAAUCAACAAUUUAAAUAGACAGAAAGACGUCACAAAUGAAGCUUUCAGGCAGCGCAUCGAACAGACCCGAGAAGCUAAAACCAAAUUGGAACUUCAGCACUCGGAGGUAAUAAAACAAGUUACUGCUAUGUCAAAUAAAAUCACGCAUAUAAAAAAAUCAAUAGCUGAUAAAGAAGGUUACAUGGCUCUGGCAUAUACGAGAUUGGGCCAUCGGUAUCAACGUCCAGGGAUCGAGCUUACUCAGGACUUGGUCGAGGCUAAUCUCGUGAAAGAGAUACACGAAUUACGGAAUGUCGCGGCAAAUCUGCAACAAAUGUUUUGCGAGGUUCGUGACAACGCGCUUUGCGUUUCAUUGCGCAAAAUCUCAACUAUAGAAUUCAAACAUUCGCAACAGCAAUUGCACAAACUUUGCGCAAAAAGUAAUUUUUUUUAUUAUUAUCCGCGAAAUAUAUAUAUUACAGGCAGAGGCAUCGCUACGUAACCUGCUUAAAACGCAGAUUCAACUCGAAGAGGACAUUAAUGUAAAGACGAACACUUUAAAAAUUGACGAGGUUGAAUGUAUGACCUUACGCCAAAGUAUAGAUUAUCACGCAUAUUAGAAUACUAAUAUUAAAGCCAUCU